AAUAAUGCACCAAUCGCAUAGUAUAGUACAUCGUGUGGAAAGGGAUGAGCGGACUUUUGUCACCUAGAGAUCAUCGGAGACAGAUGUUUAUGGAUUACAACAAUUAUCAUUGCGAUUUACAAAAAAGAUUUUAUACUCUUACAUCUGAUGCAUUAUGUUUCCUAGCAACCUUCAUCAAUCAUGAUUUCCAAUGCAUCUGAAUGACCACAAUACACUGAGUAUGGCAGGCCUUAACAGUUCAUUUUUAGAUGAUGGUAGUGAUAAUGAGGAAGAAAUGCUGAAGGGUCACGUGGGAGCAAGUCUGGGUGAUUUGAAGAUGGUAACCCAGUCAAUAAGGUCUGACCCAAGCGCUCUGGAAUAUCAAGAUGUUGAAGGAAUGACACCUUUAGCAAAAGCGACUCAAUUCAGACAAUUUGAAGUGAUGAAGAGGUUGGUGAAAAUGGGAGCUAAUUUGAACACGAGAGAUGCCAAAGGAAGAACGCCGCUCUGCUUAGCAGCAUACGAGGGUUGGUAUGAGGGGAUUUUAUAUCUGCUCCGUAAUGGAGCGAACCAGAGCAUUACAGAUGGCAAUGGCCGGUUACCUCUGCAUGCUGCAACGUAUUGCACAGAUACAAGGUUACUUUCUGCAUUACUACAGUCACUUAGCAUUGAUGAGGUAAACCAGCAAGAUAACGACGGCAUGACAGCUCUGCACUGGGCUGCUUUUCACGGUCAACCUGAACAUGUGAAAUUACUCAUGCUCCGCGGGACAGACAUCUUUAUGACCGACAUGGAUGAAAAGACGCCGCUACAUUGGGCCAGUCAGAAAGGGUCGUUGUCAUGUUGCAAAGCAUUAGUUCAUUGUAAUAACGGCGGCUCAAAGUUGGUGAACUGCGUGGAGGCUAGCGGUAAAACUUGUGUCCACCUUGCUGCAGCUGCUGGGAGAGGGGACAUCAUUGAGGAGUUCUCCUCCAUCCCUGGUGUUGACUUCGAAGCACUUGAUCCAGAUGAUAGGACUCCAUUGCAUUGGGCAUCUGUUACGGGACAGGUUGACUCACUGAAGAUCUUAUUGAAGCUUGGUCUGAAUGUAUCUGCCAAAGACAAUAAUGGGGGAACCCCCCUGGACUAUGCCUCAAAAGCCGGCCAUACAGAAGUUGCAAAUAUCUUGAAGGAAGCUGGAGCAAAGUUUGGAAAUUUGGCUAUUAAAACUGAUGUGUUGAGUAAACAAACUGAUGGCCAAGGUCAAACAUCUCGCAGCAAAUUUCUUGGGAUUUUUAGUACUUUAUUUGGAAGUAAGCGACAAGAUAAUGAUGACAAAAAAAAUUCUGAAUUAAUAGAUAAAACUUGCACAGAAACAGUCGAGAUGCAACAGAGUAACCCAACGAAGCAAGAAAAUAAUAGUGUAUAUAUUGAUAACCAACUAACUUGUGACGUUGACAUAACACUUGAGCCAUCACCCAAGUUGCCUAAAUCCCAAAUGCAUGAUGGGAAGAAGAAUGAUAGAGGAGGCAAAACAAUUGUUCCCACAUCGGAUUUACUUGAUACUGAUGAAGAAGAUGAGGUUGAUGAAGGCAAGUCAUAUCUUACAGCCUCCGAGUACCUACUUCAGACACGUAUUCAAGAUGAGAUGGCAAAAACUGAUCAUAAAUUUACAUGUUUACAGAAGUAUUCUCCAUUGCCUUCUCCUGCGAGUAUGAAACAGGAUGCAGAUGUCAAAGUUGAAAAACCUACAUCGCUGAUUGGACAAACUGAUUUAGUGACUGUUGAAUUGAGUGCCAGGCAGAUUCUAGAAGCCCAGGGUUUGAACAGUCAAAAGUUAUAUGGUAGUGGAAAAGGGCGAUUACCUGUUCUUGCUUACCGAGGAACCAUCAAUGAAACGGAUGAAUUCAGCUCCACAUUACCAUGGUUACGUACUAUUGAUGUUGGUUCCUCAGCAACUGGGAGAAACAGAAAGCCACUGAUGUCUUUAAGUUCUGAAUAUGUUGAUUGCAUUGAAGGUGAAAAUACCAGUGCUAUGCCAACACGGCCCAAAUUAGGAGCAAGACCAAGAUCAAAGUCACUCAAUUUAGAAGGCUGCAGUGUUCUAGCAAGUGUGUCUGCAUUAUGUAACACUAUGAACCCUUCUCAGGACACAGCUGAUUUAACUAUGCUAAACAAAAAAUCUGAAAGGAAGAAGAAAUCUAAGAAGAUAAAGAGCCAAAAAGAAAAAUAAUGUUUUAAUGUUAGAUGGUGCUAUCAGGUUUAUAUUAUGCAGAAGGGUUUGAGAUUACCACGCAUGCUACAUCCCAGUAUUGGCAUACUAAGGUGAUUUUAUUCGGUUUAAAACUGAUUUGGAUAGAAAAAACCUGGGAUUUAAAAGGAUGGCUUUCAUGAUUGACUUUUAAUGGAAAAUAUUGGAGUCAAUUGACUUUUUUGACCAACGCUAAGUGUUAAAGCCAGUGUUUAUAGAGCUGACCAACAAUGAAGCCUAAUGUAUCUGGUUGCCUACUACCAUGCUGAAGCAAAAUAAGUAUUAAUAUCAUGUUAUUGAUAACAUUUAAUACAAAUUAAUAAUGAUAAUAGAAGUGGAUAUUUGUAAAAAUCCCAUAUCUAUCAAACUUAAUUGCAUUUGUUGUAUGCACUAGUAGCUUGUGUGAUAACAUUCUUCGAACCAUAAUGGUCACUUUGUUUCUAUACCAAUACUCGGUAAAACCCUAAUAAUAGCAUUUGUUCACCACAGGGAAUUCUGGACCAGUACAUUAGGGUAUCCCCGUUCAUUUUGAACGGUAUGCUUUGAUUAAAGUGUACGCAAGCCUCCUUUGUACACUAGGCCAACAGUUUGUAGUCCUUAUUUGAGAGUCUGGCUCCACUACCAGAAUAACAUGGGUAAGCACACUAUUUGUGUCAGUGCCAUUAUUAUGGUUGUAGGUUGGGGCGCCCUUGCAUUAACUACUCAAUCAAUCGACUCAAAUUUAUAUUUAUCACUUUUAAUCUUGGAAAUAUUUUUGUGAUAUAAUAUAUUUUAUAUUAUUAAACUGUUUAAAAAUGUAGAAAAAAAUCAACUUUCUGAUAAAUUUCUAUUAAAAGUUAGAAAUGAAUAUAAUCUCUUAAAAAUCAUUAAAAAAAAAGAUAUUAAACUCACAUUGAGCCUCUUCGACCAACAUUUUUUGUCAUUUGCUGGCUCUCACCAUACUACUAAAUAGUAUGGUGUUUCUAAAUCUAAACUUUUACUACAAAUUCAAUUUGAAUUUGUGAUAACAAAUUAUGUUGGUGCCUUUGAAAUAUGACCAGUCAAAGCCUGUGUCAAAGUUUAGAACUAUUUCUGUAAUUAAUUGUUGAAAUUUGAUGAUCAGUAGUAUGGUAGUAAAAGUGCAAUUAUUUAUUCAUCGUUAAGUCAAUUAAUAUUCAUCAUUAAGUCAAUUAAUAUUCAUGCUGUACACAGUGGUGGCGCCAGUGGGAGGGCAUUGCCCUCCUGUCGCAAAUAGGCAUGAACCACCGUCGUCCGACGCCUACCAUGUAAUUUAUUCCAGUGGCCCGCUGUUGGCCUGAAACAAAUACAAUCACAUUUUUUUCAAGACCUAAUCUCUAUAGUUUUGGGUGUAAUCAUUAAAUUUGAGCAUCAGCUACAUACAAGGCCAUAAAUCUGGCCCCAAACCCCUUUUCGGGGUUCAUCCAUUAGACCCUACUUGAUAGAAUCCAGACCACCACAAUUUGGGCCCAGGCCCAUUCUCAGCAGCCCUGAUACUGUAUAUUGUAUUAGCAAUUCCUGUGUCAAUAUUUUUAUAUUUUAUGCGAGUGUGUGAGUAAUUCAAGCUCAAAUACAUCACCUUGACCGUUGUCUAUGUAUACUGUGUCAUUAGAACAUUGCUUACAAUUCAUUAGGAGUAUUUAUAGCAUACAUUAUUUAUAUAAUGUAGUACAAUAAUUUAAAUAUAUAUAUAUAUAUAUUUAUAGUAUCAUAUGAUGUGCAAUUUUUUAGCAGUGUAAGCAACUUUUUUAUUUGUGAAUUUGCUUUAAUAAUUUAUUUAUAUGGUGUAUAUAAACAUGUAGGAAUAGUCUGUCAGAGUUACGAACUGAUAUAAUAUAUAUAUAUAUAU